UCGGUCCAGGCGGAGGAACUCUGAUCCUUCUUUUUGUUGGGGGUGAGAGCUGACCUGAAUGAGAUGCGGCUCACGUGUGUGUGGUUCUACCACGCUUGUUCAGACUGUGUUGCCGAAAACCUUCGUUUGAGAUCCCAAUCAGUUCAUCGUUAACACUCCAGUUACUAUAAUGUUAGGAGCUGAGGACAAAGUAGAAACCCAUCAAUGUAAUCAUGGGGAAAAGAAGAUAAUUUUGUCCUGCGUUUUCUUUUUCUCCAUUCCUCCUUUUUCUCCUUUUCUGGAUAAAGCGGAAGACAUCUUUCCUGCUUUCAUGGUGGGUCCAGCAAUGGUGGAGGGGCCUUCAGCUACUGCUUCUCACGUGCGAGGUGCACGCGUGGGACGUGCUCUUGCCGUCGAAGGCGUUAAAGGCCUUCUUUUUUCCCUUCCUCGCCCUCGAGUGGUGGGGUGUCGACGAAAGAAGCGAUGAUUUCUUACUGUUUGUUAUGAUGCCCACCACUGAUUCUCUACUUUUUCUAUUUCAUUCUUCCCUUCUUUUCUUUUUAUUUAGGUUUCUUUGUUAUUAAAGAAUUUUGGUCUGUAUCAAGUAAACUAAGCACGCUGAUGAGAUUUUGCUUUCGGUUUUAAGAGAAAGAAGUUGGAAAUGAAGUUUAUGAAGUUGGGUACCAGACCGGAUACUUUCUAUUCGGCCGAGGCUGUCAGGUCUGUGUCCUCAGAAGUUCCUAGUGACCUCAUCAUCCAAAUCAACAACACGGCAUACCUGUUGCAUAAGUUCCCCCUUCUAUCUAGGUGUGGUCACUUACAGUUACUCAUUUCUGAAGCCAAUGGUACAGAUGAACCCAUCAAGAUACUUGAUUUCCCUGGAGGCAUCGACGCCUUUGAAUUAUGUGCUAAAUUUUGCUAUGGUAUUACAAUCACACUCAGCGCACAUAACAUUGUCGCAGUCCGAUGUGCAGCAGAGUAUCUAAAGAUGACAGAGGAGAUAGAAAAUGGGAAUCUGAUAUAUAAGCUGGAGGUUUUCUUCAGUUCUUGCAUUCUCAAAGGGUGGAAGGACUCCAUUAUUGCUCUGCAGAGCACCAAAGCGCUGCCUCAAUUGUCAGAAGAACUCAAGAUCACAAGUCGAUGUGUCGAUUCAAUAGCUUAUCGGGUGCUCUUGCACCCUUCCAAACUGAGUUGGUCACGGAGUUGCUCUGUUAGAGGAAGCAGAGAUGAGUGCCAAAGUAAUGGGAACCGAACCAAUUCAAGGUGGUGGUGGGGUGAAGACAUAUCGGAGCUUUGUGUGGACCAUUAUCUGAGAGUCAUGCUUGCAAUUAAGUCAGGGAACAGGGUCCCAGCAAAUCUGAUAGGUGAGGCACUGCAUCGUUAUGCUCUCCGUUGGCUGCCGAUCUUGUCAAAGAAAAAGAAUGUGAAAGAUUCCGCCAACACUGAGAAUGUGGUAUCAGGGCACAAGAUGAUAUUGGAGUCCAUUGUGACCUUGUUGCCGACGGAAAGGAACUCUGUUUCUUGCAGUUUUCUACUGAAGCUUCUGAAAGCUAGCAGCAUCAUUGGCGCAUCCUGUUCCACCAAACUUGAAUUGGCAAGGAGGGUGGGGAUGCAGUUAGAAGAAGCGCGUGCCGAGGAUCUCUUAAUCCCUUCACUUUGUUACUCAGUGGAGACGUUGUAUGACGUGGAGAUUGUGCAGAGGAUACUAGAAGAAUUCAUGAUGCAGUGGAACAGCCCACCAACGAGCCCACAGAGGGAGAAGAACUUCCGUUUUGCCUGUGAGAGGAGGAGAUCAAGAUCUACUGAAGAUGUCGAGCUUCAGUUGGAGACUAGCAGGAGAUCUUCGUCCGCAUCGCAUUGUUCAAAGCUGAAGGUGGCCAAGAUUAUAGAUUGUUAUCUGCAGGAAAUUUCCAGAGAUCCUAAUCUAUCUGUAGCCAAGGUGAUUGAAUUGGCUGAGAAGAUCCCUGAUUUUGCACGGCCAGACCAUGAUGAUCUCUACUGGAUGAUUGAUAUCUUUCUGAAGGCGCAUCCAGGGCUCAGUAAGAGUGAGAGAAAGCAACUCUGCAGGUUGCUGGACUGUAAAAAGCUGUCAAUGGAAGCCUGUGUGCAUGCAGCUCAAAAUGAGAAGCUACCGCUUAGAGUCGUUGUCCAGGUCCUCUUCUUUGAGCAAGUCAAAGCAGGAAUUUCUGGAAAUAAAGUUCAUGAUCUUCCUUCUGACAUCAAGGCAUUGCUUUCAUCUGCCACUUCCACUCAAAGAACAGAAGAUCAAAACUCUAAAUUAUCGAACUUAGGUGGGCCUGCUGAUGACGCAUGGAGUAUCAGCCUACAGUUACCAAAAUCAGAUAAAACCACUGCAUCAGCUGCAACAACACUUAGAAUGAGGCUUGCAGAAGCUGAAAAUGACUGCGAGGAAAUUAGACAGUACAGCAACGGUGUUAAAAACUCUAAGCUGAGGGCAAUGUGGUCUGUACCUUCUGGACCCAAGAAGAUGUUCAGCAAGCUAUGGUCUAGCAACACGAGUGUUAGUGAGAAAGAAAGAUUAUGAUCUAAUAGUUCAUGCUCCUGUAUUGUACUUUUGUGCAUGUGGUAACAUAUUAUAUUACACCUUUUAAGCACCCAAUCUCUUGAUUUUUUUUUUUGGUGCCUGAUUUUUGCGGGCUGUAUAUUGAUGGCAACUUGUAUUCAAAUAAAUCUUUGUGUCAAGAUUAACCAGGUAAUUUGGAGAGAGAUUCUACUAUUA